UUGACUACGUAACAGUUUCCACAAAACUCUUCUAUAUAUACAUGGGAGUAGUCAUCCUCCGUUCUGGACCUACCAAUCUCAAUGACUCAAUUGUUCUUGCCAAAAAACCGAGUUUAAUAUUUACACUCUGAUCAUAGUAGUAACUAAAGCCUUGGGAUCAGUUGGGAUAAAGAGAGCUAGAAAUGAGAAAACUACCAUUUGAGAAAGAUGGGCUUAAAAAAGGUCCAUGGACAGAAGAAGAAGAUCUCAAACUCAUCCAAUACAUUCGAGCAAAUGGACCUGGCAAAUGGCGAAGCCUUCCCAAAUACGCUGGGCUUCAGAGAUGUGGAAAAAGUUGUCGCCUUCGAUGGACAAACUACUUGAGGCCUGAUAUAAAGAGAGGAAGAUUUUCAUUUGAAGAAGAAGAAACCAUCAUCCAACUACAUAGCAUUCUUGGGAAUAAGUGGUCAUCAAUAGCUGCUCGUUUACCUGGAAGAACGGACAAUGAAAUCAAGAACUACUGGAACACCCACAUACGGAAAAGGCUACUCAAGAAUGGAAUUGAUCCAGUGACUCAUAAUCCUCGCAUUGACUUCUUGGAACUUUCAUCCAUACUGAAUUCAGCUUGGUUUAAUCUCUCAAACCUACUUAACCUUCAAACUCUUGUAAAUCCUCAAGUCCUAACGCUUGCCACAUUCUUGGGAUCAUCCUCAUGUUCAUCAAAUAAAGAAAACCAUGAGUUGUUUUUCAAUCACCUCUUAAAUCCUAUGAACCCGACUCUUAAUCAGCAAAAUCGACCUUUAAGUGUCACAAGCAAUCGGAUUUUGAAUCCAAGACACCUCAUGCAAGCAAAUGAUAUGCAAGAUUUUCCAGAGAACUUGGUUAACCUUAAAUGUGAUACCAUACAAGAUGUUAUGAUGCGUACAUGCUUGUCGGACGAUUGUUUUGAUAUUCCAAAUUACAACAAACAAGCAUCUGAAAGCUUAAAUUUUCAACCAUCAUAUGGGGAAAAUGAUUUGCCUACAACCCAACAUGUCAACUAUGACUCGAUUUUGUCAUCAUCCAUACCGAGCCCUACACCAUUAGUUUCGUCAUCAACAAUAAUCAAUAAUAGCAGCAAUGACGAUGAGAGAGAAAGUUAUAGUAGUAACAUGUUCAACUUGGAUAUUCCAGAGAGUUUCGAGUUUAAUGAUUUAAUAUAGGUAUGAUAUAAUGUAAAUUAAAUAAAUAGAUUGGUUAAAGGAACCAUUUGGUUGUUUGUAA